AUGAAGCGAGAAGAAAUAGACGACAGUAGUGAUUGCCGCAUCCGCUAUGCAGACUUCCGGGAUAGUGGGAAUAGACCUAUAUCUGCACCACCGGUGGACAAGUUUUUUAUAGAGGACGAGGUGGAGCUUGGCGAUAUCCAAACAGAUCUAAACUAUUCUAUUUUUUACAGAAGGAACUGCAAAAACGAGCCGCGAUUGCAGCCGCCGAGCUUCUUUAUAAGAGGGCAGAGCGGGUACUGGACAAGUCAGUAUGAUGACUUGAUAGCUAAGGCAUUUUCUAAUACAGGCUUUCUCGACAUAAAGACGAUUGGAGAGCUUUCCUCUGGAUCUGAGAGUAGCAGGUCCCUUGCAGAAAGAAUCGAUGAAGAUUAUCCCGAGUCUGAGAAAAGUAGCGAGUACAAGGGAACCUCUCGGGCAACAACGCCGAUAGGAAACAUGAAUGUGCUGGACACGGAGACAUUCAGUGCCAUGCUGAAUCUCAAGGGAGCAAAGGGAGUGGAAUGCACACAAGGGGGAGGAAAUCGUAGAUCCUCAUCUGCGAUUGGAGACAUCGGGGGGAUUCCCAUGGAUAGCAGGUUUCUUCGGGAGCUUCUAGAAAUACACGAAGAGCAAGGCGGGAAAGGAUGCAAGGGUGUACCUGGAGGGCCAUCGAUGAAGGACAUAUGUGUGAGCAUAAGCAAGGAUCAGGAAGGAAGUAGAUGCAUACAAAGGAAAAUGGACAGCAUUUCCAGGGCGGAGAUUUCGUGGUUCUUCAACAAUAUUGUAGAUGCAGCACCGGAGCUGUCUGCCAACUUGUUUGGAAACUAUGUCAUCCAGAAGAUCAUACCUCUCCUAACUGAGGAGGAAAGAGCGAGGCUGAUUGCCAAGCUGGCCAAGCAGAUCAAUCUUCUUUCUGUUCAUCCGUACGGAUGCAGGGUAAUCCAAAAGUUGGUGGAUGUCUCUUCAGACGUCGACUUUAUUUUGGAGGAGGUGAGAGACAACCUACUGGAGCUGAUAGAGGACCAGAACGGAAAUCAUGUUAUCCAGAAAUGCAUAGAAAAGUGUAAGGACAGAAACAUCAUUCUCCAGCAAUUCUCAGAGAAUUCCUUAUUUCUGGCGACCCACAAGUAUGGAUGUAGGGUUAUCCAGAGGAUGCUGGAGUUUUGCAGAGAGGACGAGAUCAAGAACAUUGUAGAGGUUCUUAUAAGCAACAUAAAGACUCUUGUUGACGACCAGUACGGAAACUAUGUCAUUCAGCACAUUCUGGCUGUCGGAAAAGAAGACGAAAAGAACCUAGUCAUUGAAAAGAUCAUUGAGAAGAGCUACGAGCUGAGCAGAUGUAAGUUCUCAAGCAACGUUGUUGAGCAAUGCGUCAAGCUUUCAAACAACGGGCAAAGGGAACGGUUUCUGGCUAAAUUCCUGGAGCCCGUGGGAUCCAAGCCUGGGAUGUACUCGAUGUGUGUUGAUAUGUAUGGAAACUAUGUGGUGCAGCGCCUAUACGACUCCUCUGGGGAGAACAUACGGAGGGAGAUGAAAAGUGCAUUGAGACCUUUUGUUAGGGAUCUCAAGAAGUCUCCAUUUGCAAGACACAUCCUCUUCAAAAUCAACACAUGA